AUGAUUCAAUGCCUGAUAUUGUCUGGGCUUCCUCCUAAAGAUCUGAACCCACCGUCCGCCACUGCCUCUGAUGGCGGAGAGGAGUUCAGGUGCUUGUUCGUGGUGAUGAUAAUGGCCAUUUAUUGGGUGUGUGAAGUUCUGCCGUUGGGAGUAACAGGACUCAUACCGAUUGCUAUGUUUCCGAUUUUGGGGAUCUACCCUACGAAGGCUACUUGCGCCACAUAUAUUAACGACACGACGAUGAUGUUUAUGUGUUCAAUCGUACUAGCAUUCGCUAUUGAAAGUAGCAAUCUGCAUCGCCGCAUUGCGCUGAAGACAAUUCUUAUCAUCGGAACGACUCACCUGAGUGAUAAGACGGGAGAUGAACCACAGGUUAAAGUUUGGAUUCACCACCAUUCAUGUGUUCACAACAGGUUAACCUUUGGAUUCAUGACUGUGACGAUGUUUGUGUCCAUGUGGAUUAUCAACACGGCAGCGACGGCUAUGAUGGCCCCGGUCGUGCUAGCGGUGCUACAAGAACUUGAAGGGGUAAUGAACCCGUACCCCACGCGGACGACGCGCUGCUACUUCUUAGGAAUCGCGUACUCGGCUUCCAUUGGCGGCGUCGGCACGCUCAUCGGGACUGGAACCAACCUCACUUUCAAGGGCAUUUUCGAAGAGAAGUUCCCCGAAGGUCCCGCGGUUGACUUCGCAGAUUGGGUGGGUGCCAUGUUGCCGCCGACGCUGAUUAUGAACACGCUCACGUGGGUUGUGUUGUCCUGGCAGUACCUCGGACUACUCAGAAAAUCCGGCAUGGACGAGGAGGUUCGUCUUCACAAGUUAGAGGGCAAGGAGCGAGCUAAGGAAGCAGCAGAUUUAGCUCGUUCAGUCAUUCAAGAGAAGCAUGCAGAACUCGGCCCUAUGAGUUGGGCGGAAAUUUGGGUGAUCGUGUUGUUUAUCAUCGUCGUCGCCUUGUGGAUCACACGGGAUCCAAACUGGAUGACAGGCUGGGCCCCUAUUAUAAGUAGCGUAUUAGCACUUGGGAACAUGCAGGAGAAUAUUCUGUACAACAUGCAGAAAACGGGCGGGGAACAUGUAGCUUUUAGUGUUUUAUGUGUUAAAAGCUUUUUAUGUGGAGUAACAUGCAGUGGGAACGGAGAAAAGACCAAGUCGACAGGAAAACGCGAUUCUGGUUUGGAAGGAGGUGGUGCUGAAAUUUCCAUGGGACCUCAUGUUCCUACUGGUCGGGUGUCAAUAGCAACGCAGUCUGCAGCUGUCGCUCCUGCAGGUUCGGGCUUCGCCUUGGCCAAGGGGAGCGACGUGUCCGGGAUGUCCCAUAUGAUCGGGGGCGCCCUGCAAAUCCUACAAAAGCUCGAUCCCUGGUUCGUGCUCCUGCUGGUUUGCUUCAUCGCGAGCAAUAUGACGGAGUUCACCUCCAAUGUUGCUGUCGCUAAUAUACUUUUACCAGUGAUCUCAGAUAUGGCUGUCGUCAUUCAAAUCAAUCCCACGUAUCUCAUGCUGCCUGCUGCGGUCUGCUGUUCAUUCGCCUUCAUGUUGCCCGUGGGCACCCCGCCGAACGCCCUCGUCGCCGGCUACGUGAACAUCCGCACCACUGACAUGGAGUUCAGAUGCUUGUUCGUGGUGAUGGUAAUGGCUAUUUAUUGGGUGUGUGAAGUUCUGCCCUUGGGAGUAACAGGACUCCUUCCUAUUGCGUUGUUUCCCAUUCUGGGGAUUCUCCCUACGAAGCCCACUUGCUCUACCUACCUGAACAAUACGACGGCGAUGUUUUUGUGUUCAAUAUUCUUAGCAUUUGCCGUUGAAUCAAGCAAUCUUCAUCGCCGCAUUGCUCUGAGGACAAUUCUCAUCAUCGGAACUACACAUUUGAGGUUAACCUUUGGAUUCAUGGCUGUAACAAUGUUUGUGUCCAUGUGGAUAAUCAACACGGCAGCGACGGCUAUGAUGGCCCCGGUCGCUCUGGCGGUGCUGCAAGAACUAGAAGGGGAACCCGUACCCCACGCGCACGACGCGCUGCUAUUUCUUCGGGAUCGCCAAAGAGAUAAUCUGCGAGUGUUGGGAAUUCGAGUAGUGAAUAGUAGGGUUGUGAAUAUGAGUAAAAUAAAAUCUAGCAAGAACGAUGAGGACAAAGCGGGCAGCAAGGAGCGAGCGAAGGAAGCUGCAAUUUUAGCUCGUGAAGUUAUUAGACAGAAGUAUGAAGAACUCGGCCCCACGACUUGGGCGGAAUGGUGGGUGCUCUCUUGGUUCAUCAUCGCUGAAGAUCAGCUCGGCCACACCGGGGGUGGUGGUGUCGCUGGUUUUGUUCGCCCUCCCGGCGACGCCGUCGCUGUUCUACUGCCUCAGUCGCGACCCGGAGAAAAGACCAACUCGACAGGAAAACCCGAUUCUGGUUUGGAAGGAGGUGGUGCUGAAGUUUCCGUGGGGCCUCUUUCCACCGUCGUUAAAAUCAACCCCACGUACCUGAUGAUUCCUGCGACGGUCUGCUGUUCGUUCGCCUUUAUGUUGCCCGUGGGCACCCCCGCGAACGCCAUCAUCGCCGGCUACGCCAACAUUCGCACCACCGACAUGGUGCGCGUGAAAGAAACGUCAUCCCUUGUAUUUUUCUUUUCCAAUUCUGUAUUCGUGUCCUGGCAAUUAAUGAUCACCGGCAUUCUACCAACUCUAAUAACUUUAACUAUCAUCGUUGCUGCUUUUCCAACGUACGGUGCCUUCAUAUAUCCAGAUCUGACUGAAUUUCCUGAUUGGGCAAAGGGAAAUGACACAAACUAG